UCCGGGACAGAUAUACAAUAAUACGGGAUAUGACAUUUCCUUUGAAGAUGGUGAGUAGACUAGAGACCAGUAGUUUUGUUCUCACUGACCGUGUUUCUACCACCAACACUUUAAAUGCGUGUUCUUUUGGAGGGGAGCGCCAUCGUGGAACUUGGAAAAGAGCACCAGUUGAAGUUCUAGACGUAUUCGACCUUAUGGAAAAUCACGAAGAAGUUCUAGAGCUCUUCCUACAAGAAAUGAAAAACAUGAAUAGCAUUCGACAUCCUAAUAUAGCCCAGGUUUUUGGAGUUUGCCUUGGCUACGAGCAAUGUACGACGAUGAUUGUCAGUGAAAUUUUGACUUUGACGCUAAAAGAUAGUCUAAGCUGUGGAAGGCUUACGACACUCUCAGAUCGCGUGAAUGUUCUCUACGGUGUUUUGAAUGGAUUAAGAUUUCUACAUGAGAACACACCGCCAAUUAUACAUGGAUUGCUGACAACAGACAGUGUUUGGAUAUCACGUGAUCUUUGUCAAGUGAAGAUAACUCACAUCUGCACAGCAAGAUUGCUAAUAGAAAAGAGUAAACCGUGUUGCUUUCAGUCUGUACAACACUACCUUGCUCCAGAGGUGAUAGAAGAUAGAUCAAAUUUAUCAACAUCUUCUGAUAUAUUUUCUUUCGGAAUAUUAAUGUUGGAAACCCUACCAGGUGAGUCUGGUCAUACAUCUUUACCAGCAGCUGAAGAAAGUACGAGUUUUAGUCACAAACAGUCCCUCUUCUCUGCUAUAAGUGAAUGUCAACGUUCAGCAAGGGAAAGGCCUACUGCCAAGGAAAUUAUGAGCUGUUUUCCAAGUGCCAGUGCCGAUGAUACAAAAAUAACUGCAACUUUGGAUAGUAAAGAAGAAUUUGAUCAUUGCAGUUCCUCUGAUAAUGAAGAAGUUUCGGAGUCUUCAGGGUCUACAAGCCCUUCUGCAUUGGUUAGAAAUGAUAUGGAGGCUCUGGAACAGAAAAUUAGAGAUCUUGAGGCGCAUAUCAAAACCCUCAUGGAUGACAAGGCCAUGUUGACCGUAGACAAGGAUCUAGAGAUGCCUGAUCAAACUGUUGCUGAAACGUCUGAAGUUGUUCCAUCUUGUCAGUUGGACACAUCCUCCUUACAAGAAGAGAAUCAUCGUCUAGUACAAUCAUUGCAAGACAUCAAGGGUUUCAGUAGGCUAAAAGAAAUAUCUGUACGAUACCAGAUGUCUUCCGCUCAGCCUAACGAAUGGUCUAAUAUACUUGAUGUUAGUUCUAUUCCAAAGUGGCACUACAGACCUGAUGUUCCUUUUCCAUGCGAAACGGUAGUGGCUGUGUUUGACGGAAAAGUCUUGAUAGGUCAUAGAGGUAAAAAUGAGAUGUACAUAACAGACAGUGCUAGUGGAGAACUGCUUAAAACUGCCAUAUAUCCCGAUAGUGAUGCUUCAUUUGAUGGGCUUUUUAUAUCUGAUGGCAAGAUAUACGCUGCUCUUGUCAAUGAAGUUACCUGGCAGCUCAGUGUGCACACAUACUCACUAACCGAAAAUACCUGGAAGCUAAUAUGUAAGAGACCGAGUGAGAUUGAGCUUGGUGCGAUUACCUUUACUGUAGUGGGAGACAGGAUUUUUACUGCAGGAGGUUUUACGAAAGGAGGAGAAAGGGUGGACACCAUCUUCAUGUUCAACACAACUGCUGAUGAAUGGCAAGUGCUGCCCAACAUGCCUACUGCAAGGAGUGGCUGUUCUAGUUUCAUAUACAACGGCUGUAUCUGCUACGCGGCUGGCACCACAAAUGAAAGAAUAAAAAGCAAGGCUGUUGAACUACUUUCUUUAGAAAACUAUGAAUGGACAUCAUUUCCUUCAACUACGACGGUUGGAGGAGCUGUGACGAUGAUUAAUGGAACUUUAGUCUGUACAGGAGGUGUGGAGGAAUCAGGAACGGCAUCACGACGAGUUGAGAUCUGGGACUCUCAUCGAGGGUCAUGGCUGCCAUUACCAAUCCUUUCACAAGGACGGUACUUUCAUGAGAUGGCAGUCGACAUUGAUCAAGAUCACACCCGUAUUAUUGUAGCUGGUGGCUACGAUAAGAACAAUCACAAAACAAGUACAGUAGAAGUCAUUGAAAUUUAGUAGAUAUGAGGAGGGUUGUAAUGAAUGGUAAUCGUUUAUAUUUUGUAGCUAAUUGCUAUG